GGAGCCCGUGCCGCGUCCUGCGCUGCCAACGUUGGCCCCGCCGCUGAGCAAUUGCUAGGACCUUGGGCGAUCCCGAGAGGAGCCGGGGCUCCUCUCCCGAACAAUAGCCGACCGACCCUCCCCCCCUAGCGCGGUGCGCAGCGGCGGCUCGAUGCCUCCCCGGGCUCGGGUGCAGAGCGCAGCCCCCCGGGCGCCCCGAAGGCGCACGCCGGGCGGCGGCAGCGGCGGCGGCAGCGACACGGGCACGGCCGAGCUGGCUGCUGGGUGGCAGCGCGGCUCGCGCUCUGCACCCGAGCGGCUGCUGCUGCUGCUGGCGGCGGCCGCGGCGCUCCUGCCGGGGCCCGGAGUGCACGGACGCGCCGCCGAGGAGGAGGAGGAGCUGGUGCUGCCGACGCUCGAGCGAGUCCCCGCGCCCGGGACCACGCGACUCCGCCUGGACGCCUUCGGCCGCCAGCUGCGCCUGGAGCUGCAGCCCGAUCGCGGCUUCCUGGCCCCCGGCUUCACGCUCCAGACCCUGGGGGGAACCCCCGGGCCCGCCGCGGCCGACCCCGACCCCGACCUCGCCGGCGACCUGGCGCACUGCUUCUACUCGGGCACGGUGAACGGCGACCCCGGCUCGGCGGCGGCGCUAAGCCUGUGCCAGGGCGUGCGCGGCGCCUUCUACCUGCAGGGCGAGGAGUUCUACAUCCAGCCCGCGCCCGCCGCCGCCACCGUGCGCCUGGCCGCCUCCGCCGCGGCCGGGGACGAGGCCCCGCAGCAGCCCCAGUUCCAUCUCCUGCGGCGGAAGCGGCGGGGAGGCGGGGGCGCCAAGUGCGGGGUCGUGGACGAAGACAUCCAGCCCGCGAGGGGCUCCGGGCCGCAGGGCGACGCCCCCGACACUCCGUGGUCGCCGCGGGAUGGGGCACCCCCGCACGCCGGGCACGCCGCAGGAACAGGAAGCAUACGAAAGAAGCGAUUUGUGUCCAGUCCCCGCUACGUGGAAACCAUGCUCGUGGCCGACCAGUCCAUGGCCGAGUUCCAUGGCAGUGGCCUGAAGCACUACCUUCUCACCUUGUUCUCCGUGGCAGCCAGGUUGUACAAACACCCCAGUAUCCGUAAUUCCGUCAGCCUGGUGGUGGUCAAGAUCCUGGUCAUCUAUGAGGAGCAGAAGGGGCCGGAAGUGACCUCCAACGCUGCCCUCACGCUGCGCAACUUCUGCAACUGGCAGAAACAGCACAACCCGCCCAGCGACAGGGACCCGGAGCACUAUGACACGGCCAUUCUUUUCACCCGACAGGAUCUGUGCGGGGCCCAAACAUGCGAUACCCUGGGCAUGGCUGACGUAGGCACCGUGUGUGACCCCAGCCGCAGCUGCUCUGUUAUCGAAGAUGACGGCUUACAGGCUGCCUUCACCACAGCUCAUGAAUUAGGUCACGUGUUCAACAUGCCACAUGACGAUGCCAAGCAGUGUGCCAGCAUUAACAGUGUCACCCAGGGUUCCCACAUGAUGGCCUCGAUGCUUUCCAAUCUGGACCGGAGCCAGCCAUGGUCUCCUUGUAGUGCCUCCAUGAUCACCUCUUUUCUGGAUAACGGUCAUGGUGAAUGUUUGAUGGACAAGCCGCAGAACCCCAUACAGCUCCCCUCGGAUCUCCCUGGGACCUUGUAUGAUGCCAACCGGCAGUGCCAGUUUACGUUUGGGGAUGAGUCCAAGCACUGCCCGGAUGCAGACAGCAUGUGCAUGACACUCUGGUGCACGGGCACCUCCGGUGGGUCGCUGGUGUGCCAAACCAAACACUUCCCUUGGGCAGAUGGCACCAGCUGCGGAGACUGGAAAUGGUGCCUCAACGGCAAGUGUGUGAAUAAGACCGACAAGAAGCAUUUCGAGACUCCGGUGCAUGGAAGUUGGGGGCCGUGGGGGCCCUGGGGAGAUUGUUCCAGAACGUGUGGGGGCGGAGUGCAGUAUACCGUGCGGGAGUGUGACAACCCCAUCCCGAAGAACGGAGGCAAGUACUGCGAAGGCAAGCGCAUGCGCUACAGAUCCUGCAACAUCGAGGAGUGCCCAGACAGCAAUGGAAAAACCUUUAGGGAAGAGCAGUGCGAGGCACACAACGAGUUCUCCAAAGCAUCCUUCGGGAGUGGCCCGCCUGUGGAGUGGACCCCCAAAUAUGCCGGCGUCUCCCCGAAGGACAGAUGCAAGCUGAUCUGUCAGGCGAAAGGCAUUGGCUAUUUCUUCGUCCUGCAGCCCAAGGUUGUAGAUGGUACUCCAUGCAGUCCAGACUCCACCUCAGUGUGCGUGCAAGGACAAUGUGUCAAAGCUGGUUGUGACCGCAUCAUCGACUCCAAGAAGAAGUUUGAUAAGUGCGGUAUUUGUGGAGGAAAUGGAUCCACGUGCAAGAAAAUAUCGGGCUCUGUUACCAGUGCCAAACCCGGCUAUCACGAUAUCGUCACAAUUCCAACCGGAGCCACGAAUAUUGAAGUGAAACAGCGGAACCAGCGGGGAUCCAGAAACAACGGCAGCUACCUGGCCAUCCGGGCCGCAGACGGCACGUACAUCCUGAACGGCGACUUCACCCUGUCCACCCUGGAGCAAGACAUCACGUACAAAGGGAGCGUGUUGAGAUACAGCGGCUCCUCCGCCGCGCUGGAGAGGAUCCGCAGCUUCAGCCCGCUCAAGGAACCGCUCACCAUUCAGGUCCUCACCGUGGGCAACGCCCUGCGGCCGAAAAUCAAGUACACCUACUUCGUGAAGAAGAAGAAGGAGUCGUUCAACGCCAUCCCGACGUUCUCCGAAUGGGUCAUCGAAGAGUGGGGCGAGUGUUCCAAGUCCUGUGGCCAGGGUUGGCAGAGGAGAUUGGUGGAGUGCCGAGACCUCAACGGCCAGCCAGCGUCCGAGUGUGCCAAGGAGGUGAAACCCGCCAGCACGCGGCCUUGCGCCGAUGUGCCUUGCCCGCGCUGGCAGCUGGGCGACUGGUCGCCGUGCUCCAAGACUUGUGGGAAGGGUUACAAGAAGAAAACCCUCAAGUGUCUGUCCCACGACGGGGCCGUGCUGGCCCCCGACAGCUGUGAUCCUCUGAAGAAACCCAAACAUUACAUCGACUUCUGCACCCUGGCCGAGUGCAGUUAGGCGCGUCGGGAAUGGUGGGCGUGGCAGGGCCGAAGCACUGAACUCAACCAGACUUGAGGGGGCCCAGUGAACGCCCCCACCCGUGACCCAGUCAGUGAUCACCCGAGCUGUGUUGGCGAUGUGGGGGGAGUAUGUCGGUUGCUUGGAAAGAAGUUAGAACAUCAAGGCAUCCUGCCAGUUACACAGGUGGGGGAAGGGUAGGGUAGGGUAGGGAAGGAGGAAUUAUUACUCUCUGAGCAAUGCUAUAGCAAGAUAAGCCCCCCAGCUCCCCACCCCUGGGCAUUAUUAUUCUUUCUUUUGUUACAUCUAUGACAAGUUAAAAAAAAUAGGAACAAUGGUCAAACAUAGAUUUAAGUAAUUGCUAUGCUAUUAUCCCUGUUUCCUGGUACCGAUUAAAUCCUUUUUUUUUUUUUAAUAAUUUUGUAUCCUGGGGGUUGGAAAAUGAUGAAAAGCAGAGGAGAUUUUUAAUCUUGGGCUUACUUUACCUCACUGACCAUGGAGAUGGGAAGGAGCACACGUAGGUUGGUGACUGACCGCCGUGGUUUUCAGAGAAGGUGCUGUCCAGCCGUCCAACAGAACUCAGGAUUCUCCAGCAUGACAAGGAGGCUGUGGGCACGUCCGAUGCUCCCAGUUUUGCCUGAUCGGGCUGUGCUUGGGUCCUCAUGUGAGUUCAUUUUUGACAUGGGAACAAUGCCACGUAGUUGUCAAAGGGUAGUCAGUCUCCACGGAGAAAAAAGCAGGGGUGUAUCAGGAGAAAACUGACAUGGAGUAUGCUCUGUAUUUCUGACCUUUUCUUUCCUCCUUCUGGAAGCCUCCUUAGGGACAUGGGUGUCAACAACCGACAGUGGGUGUCUCCAGAGGGGAAGCUCACAUGAGAGUGACGUCGUGCCAGCACCAGAUUGGCGGGUGCAGGGCAGAGUCCCUGGUGUGGGGGUCAGUGAGAUCGCUUAGCUGGAGAUUGGCGGGGUUCCUGAGGGGAGCUGGCCCUUCCCAGGCAUCUGGCCCCAUAGUCGUAUCCUGGUGAAUGUCUGUUCAGCUCUUCUACCACGAGAGAAUACGACUUUCCAUAUGUAGAUAGUAAACAAUGUUACUAUAGUUGCUAUGUACUUCAUAAGUAUUGGUUUGUGUCUUCCUUCUGAGAAGGACUAUAGUUUGUAAUAAAUGCCUAUGAUAACAUAUUUAUUUUUAUACAUUUCUUUCUAAUGAUAAAACCUUUAAGUUAUCGCUUUUGUAAAAGAGCAUAUAAAAAUAGAGUAUUUAUACAAUAUAUGCUACUAGAAAUAAUAAAAGAACACUU